GAUAACAAUUUAGUGAAGACCAGUCCCAAGUGGACACCAAGGUAGCUUCACCACAAGUCUCUAAUGAAGAUCAGUCAGAAGUGGUCAUGAAAUAGCUUCCACAGAGUCUGAUGUCUUUGCAUAGUGGUCAUUGAAAGUAAUACUAUAGAUCUUACCAGAGUGAAUGCUUGAAUGAGAUAGGAAUAGCUUGGUUUCUUCAUGUUUAUUUCUUUUUUUUAUAUACAUAUUAUAAUAAUAUAUUUUAAAAUGCAGAACAUAAGUUAAUUAUAUAAUAUUGGUAAACGAAGCUUUCUUGGAAAUUUCUUCCAAACAAGCAUGAAUAAGUAAUUUGGAUUCAAUAAGCUCAAAAUUUCCCAAAGUUGCAAGGCAAGAAAAAUAUGGUGCAAUUGAGCAAGCAAGAAAGGUUGUGGAGAUUGGUAAGUGUUGUUUCAGCUGUAAUUGGAUUAAUCUGUUACGCUCUCAGCUCCUCCUUCAACCAUCUCUUCGGAAACUGGAAACCAUGGAAGAUCAUUUUCUACACUCUCUUCAGUUCCAUCACUUUCCUCGUCGCCGUUCUUGCAAAGGAUUGGAAAAAAUCAACAACUCUUAGAUUCAUAGCAAGCAAGUGGCAGCGCUUCAGAAUCAUUCGGUUCAGAUCUGUGACUACAUUCUUGGUUAUGGUCUCCACCACCGUCUUCUCCUUCUUCUCCGAUAGAGCCGCCGCAGAGGUCGCAAAACCAGAUGCACACAGCGUGGUUUCGUCUGUUGCUUUUUCCGCCAUGUCACUUAGCUUGUCAAGAAACGUCCCCUUCGUAUUCGAGGAACUCAUGUACUUCUUCAUGGGAAUCUUUAUAGCUCAGAUGAUGAAGAUUAAGAUGCUGUUGGGAUUUUCUGUUGGAGUAGUGCUUAGCUUUUGCUUUGUGAUUCUGCAUUCCCGUGUAGAUGAAGCUCAUGAUCGAACAGAAAGUGUUGGAAUCCAAGAUGAGCAGCUUCAAGUGGCCAUUGAUGUAGCUUCACUGCAAGCCGGUGGUGAAAAUCACGGAAUCGCGUGGGUGAUGCAGCGGGUCCGGCAAGCGGCUCAGAGAUCUGGAACCCGACCCGAAUCAAUCCGGGUUGUGGCCGUCUCCAAGACGAAGCCGGUUUCUAUGAUUCGGGAACUUUACGACGCAGGUCACCGCUGCUUCGGCGAGAACUACGUCCAAGAAAUUAUCGAAAAGGCUUCUCAGCUUCCGCAAGACAUUGAGUGGCACUUCAUUGGGAAUUUGCAAAGCAACAAAGUCAAACCGCUUUUGAGUGGAGUUCCAAAUCUGGCCAUGCUCGAGGUGGUCGACAAUCAGAAGGUGGCAAAUCAUCUUGACCGUAUGGUUUCAACCCUUAAAAGAAAUCCGCUGAAAGUCUUGGUGGAAGUAAAUACAAGUGGAGAAGAAUCCAAAUAUGGUAUUGAUCCUUCCAAUUGUGUUGAUCUUGCUAAACAUGUAAAAUUGAGUUGUCCGAACCUCGUGUUCUCCGGCUUGAUGACAAUAGGGAGGCCUGACUACACCUCAACUCCAGAGAACUUUAAGACCCUAUCCAAUUGCAGAACUGAAGUUUGCAAGGCACUUGAGAUGCCUGAGGAGCAAUGUGAACUGUCAAUGGGCAUGUCCGGCGAUUUUGAGUUAGCGAUUGAAAUGGGUAGUACAAAUGUGAGAAUUGGGUCCACAAUAUUUGGACCAAGGGAUUAUUCAAAGAAACAAGAGUAGAGACUCUCUCUCAUACACAUGCACAUAUCUAAAUUUUAUUGUACUUUAUUCAUGUAAUUAAAUUUGUAAUUAUUAGAACAAAAAGCUUAUAAAGAAUGAUGUCUAUAAACAAAUGAUAUUACCUCUAGUUAUACAAGUGCAGAAGUAUCAUGCUUAUAGUGACAAGCUUAGUAAAAUCAUAAUAUGUUUCGCUUCAAA